AUGGCCACCACCACUACUACUACCAGCAGCACCAGCAGCAGUUUCUCGCACCCAUUGGCGGAAAGCGAAAAUCUCUGUGAGGCCGAUGAGCGUGCUAACGAGGCGGAUGAAGAUUCAUGUGCGGAGGAGAACAAACACUACCAGGGCAGCCGGCCCGUUGACAGUGAUCUCCAACUGUCCCAGACGCAGCAGCAGCAACAGAAACCCUCCUCUAAGCCUCGUUCGCACUUUCUCCACGCACGCAAUAGGAGGCAGCAGCUGUCUGGUGAUGUGCUCCUCCUCCGUGAAACUCCACCAGAUGAUUCAGCUGUUUUCAGCCGACAAGCAGUCGUCAAGCAACCACCUUCUGCUGGCCACGAUGCCGACGUCGAGAGUGAUUUCUACGACAUGGAAUCCAAAGGGGGCUAUGAUGUCGAAAAGAAUGGCACCGCGGGAAAUGGUUUACUCACAGGCGACGCAACCGAUGAUGUUUUGCCUGGUGUUGUCCUUCCCGUCCGAAAGACGAUUAGGAUAGUGAAGAAAAGGAAGCAUCUUUCGUGCCAACCGCUGGAGACUAUUAGUUGCCUUCGAAAACGCAGUAACUCUCUGAGUCCGGACUUUUGCUUUUCAAAAUUAAACGCUGCAAUGGAAGGAGCCUCUAAGACGGUGCUCUCGUUGAACGGUAGGCCUAAGCAGUUCUCCCUGUCACCGCCGCCGGAAGAUGUGCUGAAAUACUUUAAGGAGGCCAAAUUUCGCGGUGUGCCCGAUCCCGAGGUGUUUGCGGAGUACUUCGAGCAACCCAACCAUUCACCGACAGAAGUGCUUGACCCGGACCACCAAAAGAGACAGCCAUCGGCCUGCACCAAACUGGUUAAGAAAACGGCUAACGCCUGUGAAAUCCCGGAAGGCUCCAAACAAUCCCGUGAAAAGCUGCAGCAGCUCCCGCUCAAGAAAGCCGAGUUUAGGUCCGAGAGAUCUGUCAGGCAACAUGCUGCUCUCCCGAAAGCUUUGAUCAAGUUGGAGUCGAACGACCAGCUCGUCGGUGCCGUAAAGGCAGACUAUCAACCUGGCCGAACAGCGCUCCAAAAGUACGUCACUAGGUCGCUUUAG